GUCAGCUCACGAAGAGACAACUAACUUUGGUGGAUCGCACCUAUCAAUAGAUCUUGAAAGAGCCAAAAGCUUAUUCGAUAAGAGUCAAGAAAAUAGCGAGGAUGUAGCAUACUUCACUAAUGCGAUUACAGAGUUACUUUUGCGGGAAUUAUAUCAGAAGAAGUGUGAAGAGAAUAAUGAACCCAUUCAACGUUGGGAUUCUUGGCAUAAUGACCAGCAUAAACGUAUAGAAGAA